AACACACUGCACAUGCACAUGAGCAAGUAUACUCUAUAUCGUUUUCACUUUGCACUUAAUUUGCACUCUUUGCACAUUUGCAGAUAUUUUAAUUCGACACUAAUAUAGCAACAGCUGGCUGACGAUUUUGCGUGUAUGUAUGUGAAGUACAGUGUAAUGGUAAUGGUAUACUUACGGUUUACGGUCCACGGUUUACGGUUACAGAAUACCUACGGAGUCUUACCUCAGUAAAGUAAAGUUUAUAAUACUAUACACAUAUGUGCUCAAAUAACACUGGCGGCAAAAUGAUCAAAAGAAGAAGAAGGUAAUCAACGGGGGAACUCGUCCAAAAGUCCAAAGAUAGCAUUUGAAGGUAAUUUGUGGUGUGUGUCUCGUCCGACAAUCCGCCGACCAUCACCAUAUCACCAAUUAUUCACCAGCGCGAAAUACGUAUCGGAGCUCACUUGAUGGCUAUCCUGGUGUGAAAAGGCGCGCAACACACUUUUUACUGAAUGAAGUUUAUUAACAAGUGCCACCAGUUUUGCUCGUUUGUAGCGACGACAGCAACACGUGACCGUUAUGCUGGAUUGCUGAGCUUCCGGCUUAUAAACACGACCUCGACAAUGGCCAAGAGCAAGUACGACUACGUGAGGGAGUUUGAAUCCGAGGACUCCUGCCUACCCAACUGUUGGAUUGUGGUUAGGAUCGACGGCCGGAACUUCUCAAAGUUCUCAGAGGCUCAUCAGUUCAUAAAGCCCAAUGACCUCGCUGCCCUGGAACUAAUGAACCGGGCAGCCUCCACGGUUAUGGAGGAGUUCAGGGAAAUCGUUAUCGCCUUUGGGCAAAGCGACGAGUAUUCCUUCGUCUUUCGCAAAGACACGUCGCUCUUUAAGCGCAGAGCCUCCAAACUCAUGACAAACUGUUGUUCGUUGUUCUCCUCUUCCUAUGUCUACUUUUGGCCACAGUACUUUAAGAACAAGGAAUUACACUAUCCACCCUCGUUUGAUGCCAGAGUCGUCUUGUAUCCUACGGACAAAAAUUUGAGGGACUAUUUGGCCUGGAGACAAGCCGAUGUUCACAUUAAUAACUUGUAUAAUACUUGCUUUUGGAGCCUUGUUCUUAAAAAACAAAUGUCACCACAACAGGCUGAGGAAAGAUUGAGUGGUACUUUGGCAUCUCACAAAAAUGAACUGCUCUUCCAAGAGAUUGGUAUAAAUUACAACAAUGAGCCAGCCAUCUUCAGGAAAGGAUCUACUUUGGUGCGGAAACUAGUUCCUAAUGGAAUGGGUCAUCGAAAACCUAGCAUAGUUCCUCUAGUAGAUGACAUCAUUGGUGAUAGAUUUUGGAAAGAAAAUCCAGAAAUAAUUGGCUUGAAAAGCUUAGGAACAUAUCAGCCCCACGUUAACAAUACAACUGGUAAUCCCGUACCUCAAAAACUUCCAAAACCUUUAUGUCCACAAGUGCCUCUAGGUUCACAGCAGCCAUUGGUUGCCCAGGGCCCUCCAUAUGGUCCUCAGUGUCCUAAAACUCCACUGCAAGCUAAAAAUUCACUAGGAAAAGCACCCCAUUCAAUAAACAAUAAUCAAACGUCUGGGUAUCAUGGUGGUCCGCCUAUAAAAAAAAAUGCCACUGAAAUGAACCAACAUGAUUUAGGAUCAAAUAAAAAUGACUUAAGUCGUGUACAAGACCACUUGUAAAUAGUUAUCAACGAUCAAGAUGGAAUGAACUGAUAUUUAAUAUUUUUUUUUAAAUCUUCUAUUUAGUACAUUAUGAAAAGUAUAUUCCCAUAUCAAUAAUUUUUAACUAGUUAUUUCACGUAACAUCAGAUUUUUAAAGCAUUUAAGAUUAUCAUUAAGCUUUAAAUAAUUUAUUCCAAGUAUCUUCUUUAACUUGUAAUUGAUUUUCUUUAUAAAACGAGCAGGUUUCAUUAAUUAAAAUUAUUGAAUGAUUGAAUUAUCUUUAAUGUUAUUUUUUG